CGUUGGAGCGUCCGACCCUAACGGAUUACCUACCGAGCUGAGCCUCCUCAAACUCGACGAAACCCUCGGCCUUUCCCAAAUUCCCUCUUUUCUUUCUAUCAAUCUCGAUCUCGAUUUCGAUCUGUUUAGGGUGUUUGGAGUUCUCGAUUGGCGGUGAUGGCGAUCGAUGCGCGAGCUGGGCUAUUGAUGGGCCUUUCGAUUGUAUGCGCUGUCAUGCACCCUUGGGAAUCCGUUGAUGCUAGACCCGACAAGGCGACGAGGGAGAAGUUCUACGGUGCUCUAGUAAUGGGAUCAGCUCCUCAGAAAGCCGGGGAUGGAACCAUUGCUGAUAUGUUUGAUAAAGUGCUCGAGAAGGAGUUUUCUGAGAACGAGGCGCCGGAAGGGCCUGACACAAGUAGCUUCAACAACAGCGUAGCUGACCAUCAAGCUGUUUUGGAGACUGUGGCUAUAAUUUCUCAUGACAAAUCAAAGAAGAAUGAUUCUACAGAAACAAACUCAACUAGAUCAUUCCAAAUUAAAGAUGUUUUCAGUCUGGAAAAUGAGGGUGCUGAUGACAUGACAACCUUGAUUGACAGAAAGGACAACGUGUUUGUCAUGUCAAAUCGCAAAUCAAAGUAUCCUAUGCUACAAGUGGAUUUAAGAUUAAUUUCAGAUUUAGUUGUUGUGAUAGUCUCAGCGACAAUUGGUGGUAUUACCUUUUCAUGCUUGGGGCAGCCAGUCAUUGUUGGCUAUCUUCUUGCGGGUUCUCUAAUUGGUCCUGGAGGUCUGAACUUCAUCAAUGAAAUGGUGCAGGUGGAGACAUUUGCUCAGUUUGGUGUUGUGUUUCUUCUAUUCGCAUUGGGACUCGAGUUUUCUUUGACAAAGUUAAAAGUUGUUGGACCUGUUGCUGUUCUUGGAGGGCUACUUCAGAUCAUUAUUUUCAUGUUACUCAGUGGUCUAACUGCAAUGCUAUGUGGUGCAAAUUUAUCUGAAGGCAUAUUUGUCGGCUCUUUCCUAUCGAUGUCAUCAACUGCAGUGGUCUCAAAAUUUUUAGUGGAAAAAAGCAGCACAAACGCUCUUCAUGGUCAAGUUACUGUUGGAACUCUUAUUCUUCAGGAUUGUGCAGUGGGCUUACUGUUUGCUCUACUGCCUAUUUUAGGUGGUAGUAGUGGCCUUUUCCGGGGACUAAUGUCAAUGACAAAACUGCUGCUAGUUUUGUCCAUCUUCAUGUUUGUUGCAUCUACGUUGUCUUGGUCUUUUGUUCCACGCUUCCUGAAGCUCAUGAUACGGUUGUCAUCUCAAACAAAUGAAUUAUAUCAGUUGGCAGCUGUUGCUUUCUGCUUGUUAUUAGCAUGGUGCAGUGAUAAACUAGGCCUUAGUCUUGAGUUGGGAGCAUUUGUUGCUGGAGUUAUGAUAUCAACUACUGACUUUGCACAGCAUACCUUGGAACAGGUGGAAGCCAUUCGGAACCUAUUUGCAGCGCUAUUCCUGGCAAGCAUUGGAAUGCUCAUACAUGUGCAGUUCUUGUGGAACCAUGUUGAUAUAUUGCUUGCCUCUGUGAUUUUAGUAGUGGUUGUUAAGACUGUGGUUAUCACAGUCGUGGUCAAAGCUUUUGGUUAUGGAAUCAGAACAUCAAUUCUUGUGGGUCUAUCACUUGCUCAAAUUGGAGAAUUCGCUUUUGUUCUGUUGAGCCGUGCCUCAAACCUUCACCUUGUUGAGGGGAAGAUGUAUCUUCUACUUUUGCGAACAACAGCUCUCAGCCUGGUUACAACUCCUCUCAUGUUCAAAAUAAUUCCUGUUGUGAUGCACCUAGGCACUCUUAUGCAUUGGUUUCCAGCUGAAAGCAGCUCACAGAAUGAGGAGAGAACUUCAGUUCAUGAGCUACACAAUUAGGGCAUUAUAAUGGUGACUACUAGUGUUUAUACAUUUUGAUCUGUUGAGCUUAAGAAGCGCUACAUUGAAUUGAGCUCGGAACAUGCGGAAUUCCAGCUUCAUAUGUAUACAUUGGAUUCUUGAUAGCAAAGAAGACGCAAAAUCUCCAGGGCAGCCAGCAUCUUGGAGAUCUCUUAACCUAUGUAUAUCUUCUUACUUUCCCAGUACACAGUAUUUGUAAAAGCCACUCUGUCUUCCCUUUUGCGUAGUAAGCAUUGAUUGUCUUAGCUGUAGUAGUUGUUAAAGACGAGCCAUUCAAUGUCUUUUGUAUA